AUGGAAACGAGGCCCAGCAACGGUCUUAGCAGCCGAAGGGAGUCGUGUGAAACUCACCCGCAGGGAUUACUGGUGUUCACCGGCUCUUCGGAUCACGAUGCCAACUUGGCCAAGCAGUUCUGGAUCGGGGCGUCAAUGUAUCCCCCUAACGAAUCUCAGUUGGUGCUGUCCAGAGGUAGCAGUCAGCGUCUGCCGGUGGCGCGGCCCUCGAGGAGCAGUGCGCUUGAGAAAAGUUACUUCCAGCCUUUUUUCCUUGAGAAAAGCAAGAGAAGAGAUGUCACUGCUGAAACCCUAAAGAUUCAGGAAUCUGAGGAGAAAAAAAAGUAUCUCCAAAAGGCUAAAAAGAGAGAUGAGAUUAUCCAACUCUUAAGAAAACAAAGAGAAGAAAGGAUCUCGAAAGAACUGGUUUCCCUUCCUUAUAAACCAAAAGCCAAAGUACACAAAGCAAAGUAA